AUGCUGUUUGUCAGGUCGGUCAAGGCCAUUGCGGCCUUGAUUGCGUUGCCACUCUUUGCUCAAGGACAAGCCGUCCGGUUCAACAACCCCGAAGGAGUGGAUAUCUGGUGCGGCAAGGCCUACCGUUCUACACCCGGAAUCGUUCGACUCAUCGCGGGCUACAGAGACUCCUCCUUCGACCCAGGCGGUUGGUUCUCUGAGCCAGCCAUCUCCGACGUUCCGCUCCUGCGACUGAAAGUGCGGCCGCGCCUGAGCAUUUAUCUCGAAACGGACGCCACAGCGAAUCUUCUCAUCGAUGCCGUUGUUUCGAACCAGGUCGGCUCGCCACUUCCCGCCGGCUUCGGCCACAACAACUCCUCGGUUGCGGCAUUGAAGCCACUGGCUAUCGAGAUUCUUCUCGGAGACAAUGUGCUCGCAACGGAACACGUCUCUCUCGGGUCGCGGGACAACGAGGUGGCUCUUGCAGUGGGCUCCCUGACUCCCCGAAUGGAGGCCUACAACAUCACUGUCCGUACGACGAUAGACUCGACACACGUCUACGAGGACUGGACCGAGUUCUCUUACCUUCCGUACCCCGAAGAUUACGGCAGUGUGGCCCGCAUAGACAACCUCCAUGGCGGGCUUCUAGCGCAGAGAGGCAAAGACGCGCCGUGGGAUCUCAUCUUUGCGUACACUUACUACACGCAAUGGACCCUCUACUGGAAUGACAGCGUCGACACACUCAACGAGUUCGCGGCUAUGGGGUACAACGUCAUCCACAUCGUGCCCACGGGGAGCCUCGGCGAGAUCCCCUUCCCCUGGGACGAGUUCGAGCCGUAUCUCCAGCGCGCCGACGAGCUCGGCCUCUACCUCCGCUACGACGUCCUCUGGACGUGGCCCAACCUCACAAACAUGGUCGACCAGGUCACCCGCCUGCGCACGCACCCGUCCAUCCUGCUGUGGUACCAGAGCGACGAGGCCGACGGCAAGGCGAACCCGGCCAACUCGACGGGCAUCGCGUACGAGCAGAUCCGGGCCCUCGACCCGUACCACCCCGUCUCCCUCGCCCUCAACUGCUGGGACUUCCACUACGCCGAGUACGCCGCGGGCGCCGACAUCGUCAUGAGCGACGUGUACCCCGUGGCCAUCAACGCGACCUUCUCGACCGUCUACGGCACCGAGUGCAACGCGACGUACGGCUGCUGCGGGUGCGACGACUGCGAGGGCCGGUUCGAGGACAUCCCCGCGCGUCUGGACGAGUUCCACCGCCGCGACGAGAUCCUGGGGUGGCAGAAGACGCAGUGGUUCGCGCCGCAGGCCUUCGGCAACGAGACGUUCUGGGCGCGGUACCCGACGGCGGACGAGGAGGUCGUCAUGACGGUCGUGGCGGUGAACCAUGGGGCCAAGGGCAUCGUGAUGUGGAACUACCCGGCCACGGACGAGCUGGAGGGCCUGACGAGCCGGCUGGCCGGGGUGUUUACGGACGAGACGGCGGUCGGGCUCUUGCUGGGGGCCGGGAGGACGCAGGACCUGGCCGUCCAAGGGGCCAAGAGGGUCGAUGCCGCCGUGUGGGCGGACGCGGGAAAGGGGCGGGCGCUGAUCAGUGUCGUGAACCUCAACUACGAGGAGAUCCGGGGCGAGAUCCGAGUCGUUCUGCCGGAGGGCGUCGGGGUCGGCAAGGUCGUCGAGGUCCUCUGGGGAGAUGUGGCCUGGGAGCUGGGUGACGGCGGCGGUUUGGUCGCAACAGACGGGUUGCUGGGGCUGCAGACGUCCAUCAUCAUUGCCGAGCUGUCGUGA